AUGGACAUGAAUGUUCCAAGCUCAAAGCUGCUGCUCACCCCACAAUCCUCACAGGAACACAUGACGCGUGAUUCUUGGUUUGGGAAAAGUGAUCAGGUUGUGACGGGACCCUUUGAUUAUCUUUUCUCAUCCCCGGGCAAAAAUAUUCGAAGUCUGCUGAUGGAUGCAUUCAACGAAUGGCUUCAGGUUCCUGAACUUCAAUUGAUCAAGGAAGUUGUUAACAUACUUCACACGGCGUCCCUCCUGAUCGACGAUAUCGAAGAUAACUCAGUCCUACGCCGAGGCCUUCCGGUUGCUCACCAAAUAUUUGGCACCGCCCAAACCAUCAAUUCGGCAAAUCAUGCAUACUUUAUAGCAAUUGAAAAGCUCCAGGAGCUACAAAUUCCCCCGGCGUAUACGAUUCUCAUCGAAGAAAUGAUCCAUCUUCAUCAUGGAAAGUAG